AUGCCGAAAUACGUGAGGCGCCAACCACUGCUUGAACGCAUCAAAGCCUAUCUCAAUCCUUACGACUUCCUCUUGUGGCUGUCAGAAGAAAUCGAAUCCAAUGGAUGGGAUCAAUUAGAAAAAGAAUGGGCUAUUCCCAUCGGAUUUAGUCUCAAUCUCAUCUUCCUCAUCGCCCGGGCCAACUCCAACUCAUCUCCAGUCUACGAUGAUGUCUUUGGAGAUGUCCCAGGUGUCGCAUGGACAUCAUGGCUGGCCAGUUUUACCGUCCACUUCCUCUCCCUCCUCUCACUUGUGAAUGCUUUCUACACAUUCUUUCGGAAAAAACACUACCGACUGUUCGAAAGUUCCGUUGAUGUUGUGCCGAGCACUCCUUCUGCCAAACGCGUUCGGGUCGACUCAUCGCCUGUCUCGUCCUCACCUCUUCAAUUCCUCUCAAAUCUCCUCGGAACAGAAUCAGCCCAGUCCAGAGCCCACCCUGAUGCAGUCAGAGAUGUCUGGGAGGUGGCCGUCUGGGACCCUCUCCCUGUCUCUCUUCGUUUGUUCUGUUAUUUCAGUCCGGGCCAUGUCUUCAUUUACUGCCUUUUCUUGCCCACCUCUCAAUCAGAUCCUCGUCCAAGUGUUACAAUCUUCAAGACGAUUCUAUUAAUCUUAGUCGCUACUCUACAACUUUCAAUGCUGCAGUCCAACUAUUCCGCUCAAAUCAAGGAUACAGCCUACAUCUCCAAGGAAGUCCUCCAUGAAUAUGAUACAAAAUUUGUCAGACCAAGGACACAGCCACUAUACAGAGAUGUGGGUACGCAGUUCUCUGAGCAGGCAUCAUACAGCGCUCCACGCGAUAUUCAGUACAAUACUGUCGACACAUAUACUCCAAUGUUCGUCAUAAACCGUGGCUUCAAAACCAAUUCAAAUCCCAGUUAUUCUCAGCAUACAGAUCCAGAUGGGCUAGCUCAAGACUCCAAUCUUCGCCAACGUCUUACAACUCCAGACUUCCGAUCUCCAGCCCAACGUUCUGAGAUAGGCUCCAGCAUGCGACCACUGGGUAACAUUCGUCAACCAAAUUUUCGGCCCACUUCCUCGGGUGGUGAAGGUGGCAGUCUCGGUGUUUACUCACACGCCGCAUCUCCUCUUCGGAAGAGCGCUUCAACCAACUUUACUUCCAGAAACCCAAAUGCUCAACUGAGGGAACGCACUACCAUGAGUCCUGAAAAGCGGUCAGUCAGUCCGGAAAAGCGAAUGAGUGUACCGACCGGGGGAAUGAACAAUCUCGCUGCAUCGCAAAGAUGGGGGCAUCUUCAGCCAGAUAGGCAGAGGAGGGAGAGUGGUCGAUUCUAG